UUAUCUGAGAAAAAAAUUAAAACAACGGUUUUUGCAACCGUCAAAACAUGAAUAAAGUCAAGUGUAUUUAUAACAUUUUAUAAGGGGUUAAUAAUUAUUAGAAUUAAUUAACAUAAAAUUGUAUUUAUUUAAAAAAAAUGCACUAGUUUGCAUUAAAAAAGUAUUAUUAUUUGCAGUAUUUAUAUUUUUAUUUAAAAAAUUGUGUAAAUAAAUAUAUAACUUGAACACGCUAUGAGCAACAAGCUUGUCAAGUGACGCUAUAUUUUGAAAUAAAAUAUUGCAAUUAAAUGAAUGCAAUUGUUUUAAGCAUUAAUGUUUAAUAUAAUUUAUAAUAAAAAAUGGCAAGUACAUUAUCUUUAUUGGCAAUGUUUGAUGAACUUGUGCGAUGCACAAAUGUUCUUGUCAAUGGUUCUUGUGAAGCAGAAUUUUUACAAUUUGCAAUUAAUCAAGAAACAGUUAGACAAAAAUGGCUAGCAUCAAUUCAAGAAUGUGAACGUUUAAAUCAGGCACUUGAAAAAUCAGAGCAUGAAUCUGCUGAUCUUGAUAGAAAAUUAUCACAUGCACGUCGUCUUCUUGAUGAAGAAAAAAAACGUCGUCGUAUUGCUGAAGAUCAAAGAAAUUCACUUGAACGACAAAUGUGUAUGGCACGUGAUUUAUUAUUUAACAAUGACGGUGGUAGAAAUUUAAAUGAUGAAACACGUGAAAAAUUACAAUUUUUAAACAACACAACACUAAAUGGACGUUCAUAUAAUAAUUAUGGUCGUGAUAUGUAUAAUGAAAAAUUAAAUACAAUAACUGAAUUAGAUUGUACUGGUACAUUACUAAGUGAUUUAAGUUGUUAUUCAAAAUCAGAGGAUGAUCUUGAUGCAAGUGAAAUGUUAAAUCAAAAUCAUAAAAAACGUGAAUGGAAAGAACAUCGUCCAAGUGGUGAAUAUUCAUUUAAAAAACGUCGUAGUACAAUACACAAAGUUGCUGAUUUAAAUACAUCUGAUCGUAUUAUUGCAACAACAACAGUAACACUACCAAAAGAAGGACCAAUAUCAGCAUCAUCAGUUAUCCAAGCUGUGCCUGGUAAUGAAAAUCAAGAUCCUCAAUUAUUAUUACGUAAAAAUCGUAAAAGUAAUGAACGUAAUCAGCGUCCAUCAGCAUCAGCAGCAACAGCAACAACAAGAACAGCAACAAAUAAUGAUACAAAUAAAUUAUCAUUUAAUCCAAAGCCAUCAGCACCAAUACCAGAUAAUUCAACAUCUGGUUCAGAGUCAGAGGGUAUAUUUAAACCAAGUCCAAAUAUUGGUGGUUAUACAUUAAAAACAAAAUUAUCAAGAAGUCAUAAAUUUGGUACAAGAACAACAGUAUUAAAAACUGAUAGAUGUGCACCAUGUGGUAAAAAAAUAAAAUUCAGUAAUGUUGCUGUUAAAUGUCGUGAAUGUAAAGCUGUUGCACAUCCACAAUGUAAAGAUUUAUUACCAUUACCAUGUAUACCAGUUGGUAAUACACCAACAUUACGUGCUGGUGUUACUGGUACAAUUGCUGAUUAUACACCAAUUGAACCACCAAUGGUACCAUCAUUAGUUGUACAUUGUAUUGGUGAAAUUGAAAAUCGUGGUAUGAAUGAACAAGGUCUUUAUCGUAUAAGUGGUGGCUCAUCAGAGGUUAAAUGUUUAAAAGAAAAAUUCUUAAAAGGACGUGGUGUACCAAAUUUAUCAGAUGUUGAAAUAGCAACAAUAUGUUCAACAUUAAAAGAUUUUUUACGUUCAUUACGUGAACCAUUAAUAACAGUUAGUUUAUGGGCUGAUUUUGUUAGAGCAACUGAAAUAAAAGAUAGUCAAGAAUCUGAAGCAGCACUUUAUCAAGCAAUAUCAGAAUUACCACCACCAAAUAGAGAUACACUUGCAUUUUUAAUAUUACAUUUACAACGUGUAUCAAGUACACCUGAAUGUAGAAUGCCAAUAAGUAAUUUGGCAACAGUAUUUGGACCAACAUUAGUUGGUUAUAGUUCAAAAGAACAAUCAACAAUAUCAAUGCUAAAUGAAACAAGAACACAAGCAUCAAUUGUUGAAAGUUUACUUAAAAUACCAUCUGAUUAUUGGGCUAAUUUUGUUAAUCGAGAUAAUAAAUUUAGUACUGAUACACCUAAAAGUGGAAGAUUAAAACAUACACCAUCAACUGAUUCAUUAUUAAAAAAAUCACGUGGAUUUUUUAAUACACCACUUGGUAGCCACAGUCGUGGAUUAAAAAGACAUAAAAAGUAUUUUGAUACACCACCAUUACGUAGUGGUAUUUAAUUUAUAUAAUAUAUUGUAUUAAUUUCAACAAAAUGUAUUGCAUUUAAAAGUAUUUUUUUCUUUUCUUUUUUUUUUUUUAUAAUGAAUAACUUAAUUAACAAUAAUGAUAAUUAUUAUAAUCCAAGCUACUUAAUAAGCAAGAACAAAAUUUAAAAAAUGAGAUUAAUAAAGAUUUAGUAAUAAAUUAUAAUGUACUUUUUUUUUCUAUUUAAUUUUAGUAAUUAAACAAUCGAAAUUGUAUUAAAGAAAAAAAAAAAACUUGACUAUUGUUGUGUAUUAGGAUUGGAGUUUUUAUAUUUGACAAAAUAAAUAAAAUAAUUUAAAUUUU